AUGUCUUUUGAGGAACUACUGCGGGUGCAGAGUGAUACGAGAACGAGAGUGCACAAGCAGGUGACCACUGGGAAGAAAAAUGCAAAACCUACCAAAGCCACGGUGAAGCAACAAGGCAAAAAGGGGCCAUUGGAGAUGUCUGCCAAGAAGCCUGUACCUUUUCUGAGACAAGUAGUCUCUGUUACAAAGAAGGUCCACAGAGACCCGCGAUUUGAUGACCUGUCUGGAGAGUAUAAGCCUGAAAUAUUUAUGAAGACGUACAGCUUCCUUGACAGCAUCAAGAAGCAGGAGAAGGAGAUGAUUCAGAAGCAGCUGAAAAAAUGCCGGAACGUGGAGCAGAAGGAGAAACUCCAGCAGCUCCUGAACCGCAUGACACAGCAGGAACAGGCACAGAUAAAACAGCAGAAAAUGAGGGAGAGGGAACUGUCUUUGAAGAGACAACAGAGGGAAUUGGCCAAGCAGGGAAAGAAGCCCUUCUUCCUAAAGAAAUCCGAGAAGCGGAAACUGGAGCUAGCCGAGAAGUAUGCAGAGCUGAAGAGGAGUGGAAAGCUGGAGAGCUUCCUGAACAAGAAAAGGAAGAGGAAUGCCAUCAAAGACAAGCGCCGUCUGCCCUCACAGAAGGACUUGUGACUGCUGGACAGACAUGCUGUUGUCUGGCUCUGGGCCUCACUCUGCCCUGGCCAGGCCUGGAAGAUGGCCAUCCCUCUUCCCAGUAUCUGCCUUUCACUGUACAGUGAUGCUGUUAGGCAGCAGAGCAGAGACUGAACUGAAGGAAACAGUGCGUUUUGUAGCUG